UCACCAGACAUCUGUUCCCACAGUAGCUUCUCUGUGUGCAGCUUGUCCAUCUCUGGGGCAUUUAGCUGAGAGUGUGUAGACGUUGAUCGGAGCUCUGGCCCGUUGGAAAGAAUCAGGUCCCUGAUUCGUAUCACGGAGAGACAGAUCCAAGAAGACUGUGACCCUCUGAAAAUAGACCUAAAUAAUGGUGCAGGAGAGAGAGCGUCGAGGAAAGGGAGUCUACUGGACCCUGAGACUCUGGUCAGUUGCUGUGGUUUCUAUUCUCCUCCUGAGCACCUGUUUCAUCGCGAGCUGUGUGGUGACUUACCAGCUGACCAUGGACAACCCCAAUGGAAGACUAUCUGAACGUCAUACAAAUCAUUCCAGUAUCAGCUGCUGGAGUGAAGGGAUUAUGGUGUCAGACAAAGUCUGGAGCUGCUGCCCAAUGAACUGGACGCCAUUUGGUUCCAACUGCUACUUCAUUUCCACUGACUUAACAUUUUGGAAUGAGAGUGAAGAGAACUGCUCCAGCAUGGGCGCUCAUCUGCUGGUGAUUCACAGCCCGGAAGAACAGAAUUUCAUCACCAGGAUCCUGGCCACUCGUGCUGGUUAUUUUAUAGGGCUGCGGGAUCCAGGUCAUCGACAGUGGCGAUGGGUUGAUGGGACACCAUACAAUGCAAAUGUCACAUUCUGGCACAAAGAUGAGCCCAACAAUGAGGAAGAGCAAUGUGUUACCCUAGUUUACUGGACACCUGUAUGGGGCUGGAAUGACCUCCCUUGCAGUUAUAAACAGAAGUCAGUUUGUAAGAUGAAGAAAAUAUACUUUUGAAUCAUACAUUCUCCAUGGACUUGGGAUUGAAUUGCUAUCCAGCAUUAUACAGACACCUAGAAAUUUCUUCAUGUGGAAGAGGUUUCCACAGAAUUUAAGUAUGCAGUAAAUGGUAAUGCUUAUGAAAACACUGGCCCACAAAUAACUUGUAUAGUCUUCCACUUACUUCUUCAUAAAAUGCCCUUUUGCUUAGAAUGUUCCUCAUUUCAGGUACUACACAGGGACCUUUUUUGUGUACAUGUGGGGUUUUGCUGCCAACUCCUCAAGGUUUUAUUGACUCAUACAAUUGUAUGGUAUGUUCUCUAAUUUUAUCUGUUUUUUUUUCUCUUUCUUAAUUUGCAUUUAGCUGUACUGUCAGGAAAUUAAGUAAUAAAAUUCUAUGUAUUUAAA